UAACAACGAGGAGCUUUAUGAAACCGAAAUGGAAGAAGAGUUCCGGUGCAAUGGAGCAAAGACUAAACUUAGUGAAGAAUAUGGUGAGAAACUGGAGUUUCAAGACUGUGAAAUCUACCCUAGCCCAGAAGUUUCAAAUGGAGCAGAUUUCGCACAGCAUAUGACUGAAUUGGACACCUCCAAAGAAGUUGCUAAUCAACCCAUGACCCAGAAAACACUCCUAGAUUCGGUUUUUGGUGAGCUGCCUCCCAAGUCAUUGAUCAAGAACAAACUUUUGUUCCUGAAGCCUCCAUGUCCUCCACAAAGAAGACCACAAACAAAACCCUCUUUGACUUCCAUCCACCCCUUCAGUGACCACCAGCCGCUCAUUCCGGCCACACAAGUCUCCUGCUCCAUCUCCCGCUCCAUCUCCCGCUCCACCUCCUGAUCCUGCCUCAACUCCUUCUCCUGUUCCAGUUGUGGCUCCGAUCAUGACACCAGGCUCAAGCCCUGAACCGUGUGCCACUCCUUUGCCUCCCCCAGUCACUAGAAAAUAUGGAGAUUGUGUGAUAUAUGAAAAAUAUAUCCCAGAGAUUGAAAGCUUCAAGUCAAUACAAAGGCAGCAGCAAAGGCUAAGUUUUCCUCUGGAUUUCACAAAACCAGUACGGCCUGGUACCAAAUGGAGAUCAAAGCCAUCAGAUCUACAGAGCAAACUGAAGCUCCAGGUGCUCACACAGCCUCCUGAGACGGAAAUCUCAAUAAUGCCCUUUGAAGGCCACUCAGACGAACUGGGAGUGCUCAGCAUCGAACCACCCAUGCCACCCACUGAAGCACUGCAGGGAUCUGCCCAAGACAAGGCAGCAGGGCCACAGCCAAGUGCUGCACGCCGCUGUGGACAGUCCUGCUUAAAAGCAUUCAGGCGGUGCAAUCCAUUUAAGAAGAAACGCAAGAAGAAACCCCUUGAAGAUACGACUCAAUAUCCGGAGCCACCAGCAGCUGUAACUGAGCUCCCUUCGACACCUACAGCAGCUGAAUCUAAAGGAAGAAUUCAAGAACUAGAAUGGGCUGAUGAACUUUCGGAAGACUGGCAAAGUGAAAAGCCGAGGAGUGCACCACUACCUGGAGCAAAAUGGGUGCAAAAGAUCCUUUUAGAAAGGGCUGACGACAAGCCUUUGCCACCAAUAGCCCAUCCAUCCCACAGUGGCACACCUAUUUCACCUCCCACCUCUCGCAAAAUGGAGGAGCCUGCAAUCACCACACUAACCCAACCAAAUAAUGCUGCUACAGAAAGUCCUAGAGAAGAAACAGAAGCAGUCAACAUUUCUCAACCAGAAUUUCCACCUCCACCUACUCAUUUUGAAAGUCAGGACUCGCCACCUACAGCGGACGCCAGUGUGCCUCAAGCCUCUCCUGAGACUCAGGGGCUCCCCACCCCAACUGAUCAGGUCCAGACAGAGACGACUUCCUUACAAACCACCUCUCUUGAACCCCAAAGUGACUCCCUUCAGAUGGCCACACACAUCGAUGAUUCAAAUAAAGCAGGACCACCACAGAAGGAAGGCGAAGAACAGAGGGAUGCACCAAGUCCUGGAGGAAAGUUGAUGAAAAAAAUAUCUUUUGCAAAGCCGGAGAAGAUCACUCGGGCAUCACCUAAGACAAAAGCGGUGGCAUCCCCAGCUUAUCAACUCAACACAGAUGUGGCUUCCUCACCAACUACCUCUCUAGAAUCUGAGGGCCUUUCACCUGUAGUCACCACAAUAUCUGAAUCAGGCAGUGGUGCAAAGGAAGAUUCCAGAAAAGAAACCCAAGGAGCCAGACGUUCUCCCAUGGCAACUGAAGCAACAUCUCCACCUUCAGCGACUCCCAAGAAACAGGGGCACCUGUCAAAACCCGACUCUUUCCAGUCUGAGAAGCAAUCACCUCUGAUGGCCAAAUAUUUUCAGAAUGCAGUGAGGAUAGGCCACCCACAGAAGCCAAAAGCAGGGAAGAGGCCUCCACCACAACCUAAAACAAGUUUGUUGCAAAAAUCCAUUCUACGAAAACGCAGCAGCAUGCUGGCGGGGCGAUUGUCCGAGGCACCAGUUCUCACAGCAGUCGCUGACCAGCUCCAUCCAGUGGCAACCUCUGUACCUAUCACCUCUCUCAAAACCGAGGACCGCCCACCGAAAAGUUCCAGGAAACGAAGAGAAGCAGCCCACAGGAGGUCAGGGAGACGGAAAUGAAUUCCAAAUGUGGGGUUUUUUUGGGGGGGACAGGAGGUUCCCAUUUCACCACACCACCUUACCUCUCUGGUAUCCCUCAAACAGCAGCUGGUAAAAUGCAGUAUUAUACAAAUAAAACAAUGUCA